GAGAUUUUCGCCACCCCACACCUGGCGUAGGUUUGAAUAACACCUACACACUCGGUGAGAGAGAGGGUGGCGCAGGUUAGCAGUAGCCAGUCUCUGGCAUAUUCGAAAUUCGAAAUCAAUGAAAACCCUAACAACAGCGUCCUUCUCAUUUCCAAUCACCGGCAGCAGCAGGCGUAGAUGCACGUCUCGAGCCUCUUUCUCGAUCUCUCGCCCCUUCUGCAAUUCAUCUUCACUGCUCUCAUCCUCGCCAUUGGAUUUCUCUACCUCCUGAACGCCACGGCUUCCAGCUACUUCGUCGUCGACGCGGAAUUCGACGGUGAAGAACCUGCCGACGAAUUCCGGGCCCCACUGCAGCAGAACCAGAUGCUGGCUUGCGGCGGCAGAGGCGACACUUGCUUCAUCUGCGACGGCCCGGCCAGCAAGCAGUGCUCUGGAUGCAAGGCCAUCCGAUACUGCUCUCCCACAUGCCAGUCAAAGCAUUGGAAAGCAGAUCACAAAUUAGAAUGUAAGGAAUUAAGGUUAUUACGCAAUAUAGGUUCAAUAAAAUCUGACAGUAGUAACUGUGAAAGGAGGAAAGCUUCUGGAUGGGCUGAUAUUUUUAGUAGUACAGCUUCACCAGUGCCUGGCCGUGGAACGUGUAAUGUACUCCAACAACCAAAGAAGGUUCUUUUCCCAUACGAUGAAUUUGUGAAACUGUUUAACUGGGACAAUCCAGGGUGUCCAUGGUUCCCACCUUGCGGGCUUCUAAAUUGUGGUAACAGCUGUUUUGCCAAUGUUGUUUUACAAUGUCUUACAUGCACACGGCCACUUGUUGCCUACCUGUUGGAGAAAGGCCACUCAGGAGAAUGCAAUCGGAAUGAUUGGUGCUUCUUAUGUGAACUUCAGUGUCAUGUUCAUAAAGUGAGCCAGAGUCUGCAUCCCUUCUCCCCAAUUAAUAUUCUUUCUCGAUUACCUAAUAUUGGUGGUAAUCUUGGCUAUGGAAAACAAGAGGAUGCUCAUGAGUUCAUGAGGUUUGCGAUCGAUACAAUGCAGUCAGUUUGCCUCGAUGAGUUUGGAGGAGAGAAGGUCCUGGAUCUUAGCACUCAAGAGACAACCCUCAUUCAACAUAUAUUUGGUGGCCACCUCCAGUCACAGGUUAUAUGCACAAAGUGCAAUAAGAUCUCUCAUCGUUAUGAGAAUAUGAUGGAUUUAACUGUUGAAAUUCAAGGAGAUGCUGCUUCUUUAGAGGAUUGCCUAGACCAGUUCACAGUUAAGGAAUGGCUUGAUGGGGAAAACAUGUAUAAAUGUGACCGAUGUUGUGAUUAUGUCAAGGCAUGGAAGCGGCUCACUAUUUAUCAGGCUCCAAAUAUCCUAACCAUCGCUCUCAAGAGAUUUCAGAGUGGGAGGUUUGGUAAAUUGAACAAGAGAGUGACUUUUCCAGAGACUUUAGAUCUCGGUCCAUACAUGAGUGAAGCAGGAGAUGGUGCCGAUGUAUACAAGCUUUAUGCUGUUGUUGUCCAUGUAGACAUGCUGAAUGCUUCAUAUUUUGGCCAUUACAUUUGCUAUACCAAGGAUUUCAGUGGGAACUGGUAUCGGAUUGAUGACUGUAAGGUCAUGAAAGUUGAAGUGGAGGAGGUACUUUCUCAGGGAGCUUAUAUGCUUCUAUAUAGCAGGAUAUCUGCGAGGCAGCCUGGUGAUAAGCCCAAGCCCCUGGAAGCUGAAUGGGAGGAGGAAAAAGAGUCAGCAGAGGUGGCCGAAGAAGCAUUCCAGGCUUCGGUCGAAUCUGUUGAAUCAUCUGACUUUGCUCAGCCAGUGAACCCUGUUAGUGCUUCUUGCUGCUUCUCUUCUGACACUGAACUGCAGUCAACCGAUUCUGACACUGAGCUGCAGUCAACUGGUCCUGCCGAAAUAGUUCCUGUAAACAUAAGAGAAGAACCUGAGGAUAUGGAUUUUUCCAAUGCCAUCAAGGUUAUUUCUGAGCCUGUGAGAGAAGCUCGAAACGACAUAGGGUUGGGUUACUCGCCAAGUUGCUCAGGGUCUGUGGAUCUUGAACUAGGGAAUUGGAAUCACUGCUCUCAUGCCUCAUCUGCUGAGCUUAUGCAUUUAGUUUCCGCUGAUUCAGCUUCAUCUAGCGAGCUGUCACCAUCCAUCGGGCCUACAGCUGAAUGCCGAGAACCCAACACUCGUUCUAUGGCAAAUAGAAGUUCCGAAGAUGAAAAUGUCAUAAGGAUCAAUUGGGAUGGAGGGUUCCUGCUACCAGAAUCCUCAUCAAACGACUGUAUCAUCAACCAGAAGUCUGAGGCAUCAUCUGAUGAUUCUCCUGAUGCUUUAACCUCAUUUCCAAACUCCCCAGAUGAAGCAAAUCUUUCUAGCUUCACAAGUUCAGAUGGAGCAGCGAUGAUCUGCGAUCCAUCAUUUUCAAGAACUGCAAUUACUAUCUCACAGAAGGUUUUCCAGGCAGCUGAGAAUGCAGCACUUGAAGUCUCAACACUGUGUGGAGAUACAUCUGUUAGUGGCAGAAAGAAGUCCAUGGAGAAAGGUGGGAAGACCCAAUUGGAAACAGUUGAAUACGGUCAUUCCUGCAUGGUCGAGAGAAGCAGCAAUGGUUUUGCAGAAGUUGCUGAAGUUGGCUGUUCCUGCACAGUCGAUAGCAAAUGCAAAUGCAGUGGGGUUUCCGAAAAUGUUUCUGCUCAUCAAAACCAUAGUAAUGGUAGUGACGAUCAUGAUAGUUUGGAAAUGAUGAUGUGUGGAAACCAUGAGAAGAGGUUUCUGAGUGAAGUUGAGGCACCUGAUAGAGAAACUCCUAUAGAUGGGCCCCAAUAUCCUGACUGUAACGGAUGUGCUGAACCAACCUUUUCUGAUAAAAAAGGCAGUAAGGUUUACAGCUGUGAUGUGGGACUUGAGACACUUGGUGGGGAUGGCAAUGAUCUGUCUUUGUCUUCCAAGAAACCUCUGAAUGUCGACGAGAAAGCUGAGGAACAUGCCAAAGCCGUUCAUCCCAUGAAGGUUGAAACCAACUGCAAUGGAUGGGUUGGUCCACUCAUUGCUGAUCAAAAUGGAAGUGGGGUUUACAAGCACGAUACUACAUCAACCCCCAUCUGUGAAAAUGGAAAGGGUGUCACUUUGGACCACGGAAAGCCAUUGAUUUCCCCAGGUUUUCUUAACAAUCCGCCGAGAAAGAAGUCGCAUAAGAACUCUGAAGCAGUGAGAAAAAAUCCAGGCGGAGCUGUCUGUGAUUCCUUUAAUCUUACAAACAGCAGCAAUGCCAAUGGAAGCAUGAUUUGCAAUCAUGAUUUGGGGCCCACUACUUCCCAAGAAAGCGACAGAGAUGGCUAUAUAAAUUGCAAACGGCAGAGACAUGAGCAUGGUUGUUUCUAGAGUCAAAUCGAGAAGGAGAUGGAAGGAGAAGAGACAUGGGCUGUGACCUGCUGGAUUUGGAGAUUCAAAGGAUCAAAGAACAUUGGCAGGCUGGCCUUAUCAUUUGAUGAUUUAAGGUGCAUUCUUUCCCCCUUAUUCAAAUUUUUUUUUUCAUGGUCCCACUACAAAUAGGAAAAAGAAAGAAAAAGUGGUGGAUUUGAGCCCUUAUGGGUUUUCAUUAUUGUAGAAGCCCAUAAGCUCCUAUUCCAUGUUUUCCAAACUAUAAAUAGUCCCAUAUUGGGUUUUCAUUUCGUAGCUUCCUUUCUUUUCCCCUCUUCAGAAUAGAAUAAUAGAUUGAUACCAAAAUCAAAGUCUUUUGGUUUUCA